AUGUCAGACACAAUAGAUCCACAAGCGCUCGGUUUUGAAUGCGACUUUGUAUUCUCAGAUGAAGAUGACGGUCUGCUGGGAAUUCGGAACGACGAACGUGUGAAUCGGUCACUUGCGACUCAAGAUCAAAUCGGCAAAACAGGCUACAGUGCCUAUGUUCGUCAUGUUCAAUACGGUACCUACGAGAACAAGUCUGCAUGUCUGCUUGGCAUUGACUUCGCCUUCCGUUUCCCUCCAAAGGGACUCGGCCGCUUCUCCUCUGCAGAGAUCGAAGUCACCUUUGAGAAAGCUCUAAAUAUCAGCAAACCUCACCUGCGCUCGACUGACGCCUCAUUGGACCCUAUUGUUGCCAACUUUGCACCUAGACAGAUACUUGGGCAAACCAAACCGCGAGAUAACCACAAAAUCUUGGAGAUUAGCGCACCUGUUGUCUUUCACACACCCUUCGGCCCGGCUCAGAUGUCUGCCAAGUGGUCCCAAGAGACAAGUUUCACUGAGGAAGGGCGACUCGAGGUUCAUGGUAACUUGGCACAAGAUGACGACCAUGACGAUGGUGCAAAUUCAGUCACAUGGGACCUAACAGAGAAUCCGGUUAGCAAGAACGGUAUUCUCCGCUCAUUCCGUGGUGUUAUUGUCUUGUUUUGCCGCCCUGGCGAUGCUUUUUGGAUGCGCGUGUCAGUGAAACCUGUGGUAAAAUUCGCACUAGAUCCCCGGAAAUUGUUGACUAAGAGACUUGUGGGUGAUAGAGAUGAGCCCGUAUUGCUUAAUGGGAGACAAAGCCUGGGUAACUCGUCAUGUUUUGGCUACAGCGAGUUUGAUGCUGAAGACUUUCCUUGGCUGGACGUGUUGAAUCUACCUCAACCUUUAGGAAUCAAAGAUGGGGAGCUACCCUAG